AUUUGAACUCGAUUCAAUAAGCAAAUUGAGCAACAUUCCGAGGGUAAGAUGGCUCAAUCUGAUGUGGAUGUCCUGAUUGACGUCAAGAAUUACUACUUUAUUGGAAACUAUCAGCAGUGCAUUAACGAAGCUCAAAAAUUGAAGGGAUUGGGUCCGGAUGUGGGGGCAGUUCGGGACGUCUUCAUGUAUCGGGCGUACAUUGCCUUCCGAAAGUUUACCGUCGUGCUCGACGAAGUGACGAAUUCCUCGCCCAAAUCCAUCCAACCUAUCCGACUCUUUGCAGAGUUCAUAUCUGCUCCCUUGUCGAGAAGGGAUACUGUUGUAGAAAAACUGGAUAAAUUGGUGGCAUCUGGAUUUACUUCUGAAGAUGUCACGCUCAUCAUUGUCGCAGGAAUGAUUUAUCAUCAUGUGGGUAAUUAUGAGGGGGCAUUGAGGGCACUGAAUCAAGGAGACCAUCUGGAGUGCUCAGCUUUGACAAUUCAAACAUUGUUGGCUUAUGAUCGGCUCGAUUUGGCAAAGAAGGAACUGAAAAAUAUGCAAGAAAAGGAUGAAGAUGCGACUUUAACACAGUUGGCAGCCGCGUGGGUGUCUCUUGCAACAGGAGGAGAUAAGUAUCAAGAAGCAUUUUACAUUGUACAAGAAAUGAUUGACAAAUAUGGAAGCACCUCUCUUCUGUUAAAUAUGUUGGCUGCUUGCCAAAUAGCCCAAGGAAAAUAUGCUGAGGCAGAAUCAUCCCUUCAGGAAUCCCUCGACAAAGAUCCAAAUAGUGCUGAUGCUUUAAUAAAUCUUUUCAUGAACUCUCAUUUUGUGGGGAAACCUCCAGAAGUUGCCAACCGUUUUUUAUCCCAACUGAAGGAUGCUAACCCUGAUCAUCCAUUCGUUCAAGAUCAUUUCAAAAAAGAAGACGAAUUUGAAAGAGUUGCGAAAUUAUUUACUGCAGCAUAGGUAGCACACAACACUAACAAAAAAUGUUGUGUGCAGGGUAAAGUAUUCCCAAAAUGUAAAGAUUUAUUGAAAUGCAUGUAAUUUUGAAUUUGAAUAUAAUAAUAAUAUUGAUUUGUUCCACUCAACUCAUGUAUAA